AUGGCAGGAAUUCUUCUCUAUUUACAGUAUUUUCUGGGUCGGCUUCUCUACCGCAUUCGUGGCCAUGAUGCUGGACAGAUCAUCAGGACUGCAGCCUUCGAGAACCUCCCACUGUCCAAUAUGCAGUUGGAAGCCACGGAAUGCGGACCGUCCGGCUCACCGAUGCUACCACACCACACUUGUUUAGCUGCCGAUAAGAAUGGUAGCUUCCCGGAACUCCGCUGGACUCCUCCGAAGAAGGUCGAAGUCAAAGAGUAUAUCCUGAUCUCCGAGGAUAUCGACCCGCCCAUUCCUCGCUUCGUUGUCAUGCAUGGGCUGUUCUAUGCCAUUCCACCUACGAUUACGGGUGUGCUUCCAGACGACACCGAGCAAGACACCAACACAAAAGAGCAUGUUACUCGGUCUGGCUGGAGAUAUGUCCCCAAUCUUCUUGGAAGCUCAUACGUCGGACCUGCCCCGCCCUUAGGACACGGCGCUCAUCGAUACAUCUUUACCGUCGUUGCCCUCGGCGAGUCCCUUCGGUUCGAUCGUUUGCAAGGAGUCAGCCAAAAGCAGAUUACAAAAGCAAUGAUUGGCAAAGUCGUCGGAUGGGGCCAGUGGAUUGGGCACUUCGAACGCCCCUGGCCUAGUUAG